GGAGGGGAGAGAGAGGAAGGGAGAGCGAGAGAGAGAGAGGAGGGGAGAGAGAGAACCACACACACAGAUACAAGACUCAAGGAAUGCAGUAACCGUCCUCUCUCUCUCUCUCUCUCUUGCUCUCUCUUUCUCACUCAGCCUCUUUCUUGUCAGGAUUACAAUUUACACAUUCUGUUUUUUUGUUUUUGUUGUUUUUUAAAUAUUUUGGGAAUUCUCCCCCUUAAAGACUCCCCAGCACCUCCCACCCCUCCUCCAUCCCAUCGAUUGGGACAUACCUCAAUACUGCUCAAUACUCAUUUAUCUGGGAAAGCUCACACUCACUCCAUCACAGCUAAGGAGCACAUGGCUAUCGAUGUGUGUCCCGGGCCGAUCAGACCUAUCCGGCAGAUCUCAGAUUACUUCCCUCGGUUCUCCCCCACGGGGGCCGAGGGGCAUGUGAGCCCCGCAGGGCAGGGGCAGGGGCAGGGGCAGGGGCAGGGGCAGGUGCCAGGGCAGGGGGUGACAGGGCAACCCAGCCUGCAGUCCAUUACAGACACGUCGACUGAAUGGGAUAGCUGUGAUAGCGAUGACUCAACUGCUUUAGGAAUGCUGGAGUUCACUCUCCUCUAUGAGAAACACACAAGCUCCCUGCACUGCACAGUAAUCAGAGCCAAGGGUUUGAAGCCGAUGGAUUUCAAUGGACUGGCUGAUCCAUAUGUCAAACUGCAUCUACUGCCAGGAGCCUGCAAGGCAAACAAGUUGAAGACUCGGACAGUGAGGAACAGUCUGAAUCCCAUCUGGAACGAAACCCUGACUUACUAUGGAAUCACAGAGGAGGACAUGGGGAGGAAAACAUUGCGGGUCUCUGUAUGUGACGAAGACAAGCUGUCCCACAAUGAGUUCAUUGGUGAAUCACGCAUCGCCUUGCGGAGGCUGAAGGCCAAUCAAAUCAAAAGAUUCAGCAUCUGCCUGGAACACCUGCCUCCUGUAAGGACCUCUCCUAUUGACUAUCACUCCACAGACUGUGCUACUCCCCCUCUUUUUCUCACUCUUUCUGUUGCUCAUUCUCUCACUCUUUCUCUCUCACUCAAGUUCAAGUUUAAGUAUUUGAUUAGCAGGGGUGUAGUGCUGGGAGUCGGCAGGGAGUGA